AUGAAGCAUUUACUCCUAUUUAUUCUAAUCCUCUACAUUUUAUUUAUUGUAGCUCUUGAAUGUAUUAAUAACCAAAUUAAUUUUAUUUUAAAGCUAAGGAUAAAGGUAAACCAAAGAAAUCAAAAAAGAAUAAAAGUAUAAGUGAAAUGAAAUCACCAAUAACCGUAAGUGGAAGAGCUUGGGCUAGAAAGAAUUGUAUGUUUGGUGAAAUUUUGAGUAAAGGAGGAAUAGAAGUAUUUAAUAAUAAAAGAAAAAUAGGCUAAAAAUUUAAAAACGAAAAAAUUAGAAGCAUAGAUUUUGAAAACUAAAUUGCUUAAAGUAGGAACACUAAAAUCAAAAAAAGAAGGUAGACCAUUAGUUAUUAAUGGUUCGAUAUCUGUGUAUAAAAUGAAAACAUAAGAGAAAAAACAGAAAGUUUUAUUAUAAGAAAGUAUAUAAAUUAAGUAUUCUAGUUUAGUGGGAAUUAUUGCAUCAUUUAGAUUUUAAUGAUUAAUCUAAUAGUAAAUGUGAAAAUUUGAGAGAUGGUCAUUUUUUUGGUGGUUAUUGUGAAAAUACAAAUUAAACUUUAAGCAAAAAAUUCAAUACUUUACCUUAACAUACUCAAAUAAAAGUUGAAUUAGCAUUACACGUAUUUGAUUAAUGGGAAUCAGAAUAAAUUAUUAUGAGAGCAGAUGAAUAAAUUAGUAUAAUAAAUAUAUUAUUAUUAGUUUGGAAGAAUAAAUUUGAAAAUACUGUUCAUCAUAAUAAUUUCUGUGGAAGUUCUAGAUUUGGAGAUUAAAUUAAUAUGUAUUAUUAAUUUAAUAUAAAGAUUAGUCCUAUUAUGA